AUGUCGGGCACUCCCAUGGAUCUGACCUCGGUUAUGCACUCGUGGACGAAGCAAGAUGGCUACCCCUUGGUCACUGUCAAAAGGUUCUACGCUUCGGGCACUGCCAAGGUCUCCCAGUGCCGCUACUACCUGAACGACCCUCGUUUGGAAAACAGCAACAUCUGGCACAUUCCGAUCACUUUUUCCAACGGGGGUCCAUUUUCGCAAUUCAGGGACCACCCUCCGGUCGUCUGGUUGUCGAAUACUGAAGGAAAGUUGACGGACAUUCCCUACAACGGUACCUGGCUUUUGCUGAACCUGAAAGCCAAGGGCUUCUAUCGCGUGAACUACGACAAAAAGAACUGGAUGAUGCUCAUCGAACAACUGAAGAAAGACCACACUGCCAUACCGCACCAAAACAGGGCACAAAUACUCGGUGACAUCUAUGACCUUGCCCGGUCGGGCGCCCUUCAGAUGAGCCUAGCCUUCUCUGCCAGCCGCUACCUGACCAAGGAAAGAGAGUUUCUGCCAUGGAAAGCAGUCUUGAAUGCCUGGAGAGGCAUCGAGACACUCUUGCUGGGCACCAACAUAUUCCCGUCCUGGAAGGCUUUUGUCGUGCGCCUCAUCACCUCCGCUUACACGGCGCUAAACUGGGAAGAGAAGCCUUCCGACGAUGUUCAGAAAACGCUACUGCGCAGGGACAUCUACGCGCUGGCUUGUCGUUACGACUACGCCCCUUGCGUGUCGGCUGCAGUCAACUACUUCAAGGCGUUGAAGAGCGCCAGUAGGCAGCAGCAGAACAAGAUACCGCACAACCAGCGUGGCUUCGUGUACUGCACCGCGGUGCAGCGGGGCGACUACUCGGACUGGAAGUUCGUGUGGGACCGCUUCGUGGAGCACGCGCACGAGCCAGGCCUGGAGCGCGCCGAGCUCAUCUGGGCACUGAGCUGCUCCACCAACCAGAGGAUCACCCGAACCUGGACUAUCGGCUUGCACCCAUUUUCCCUAUAA